AUGAACGACCAACAAAAUAUUUCCGCUACUCAUAUGCAAAUCGACAACUAUGCCGUGGGCGAAAACUCCUCUAAUGUUGUUAAUAAUUAUCUCGCUUCUCCUUCCCAAGCCUCGGUUUCUUUUCCUAACCUUCCCAACCAAGUUCUUGAAGCCUUGUCUAUUGCUAAAAAAUUCCUUGCUCGCCAAAAAGAAACGCACGAAAUCACUAUCACUAAAAACGAAGUAAAAGUAAACGGUAAACUUAUUUAUGUGAAUUACGAAGCCUGUAAGAUUUGUAAAAACCAACAUGGAAACCUUACUUGUCCUAAAUGUCAGCGAAAAAUCUGCUCCAACUGUAUUACUAAACGUAGCCGAGCUCAACAAUGCCUCCGUUGUAAAGGUUCUGAAAAAAUUAAGGAUAAACUUAACUCGGAAUUUGAAAACAAAAUCGAAAGAUUAUUGAGAAUGGGAAACGAGGACAGAACCCAAGAAGUAAUUUUGGUAGAAAUAGAAAAUUUGGGAGGGAAAAAUUUGGAGGAACUUAUCGAAGUAGUUAAAGGUUUAGAAAAGAAAGGCGAUAAGUUAAAUAGGCAAAUUUCUCUUGCUUAUUUUUACAUAGGUAAAGUUUUUUAUGAAAGAAUGGAAGAUUUUUUUAGCGAAAGUGAUUUAGAUGGAAAAGAAAAGUUGAGAAAAAUUUUAGGUAGUUUUAAACAUGCGAAAGAUUUAGACUUCGGAGGAGAGAAAAUGAGUAUUCGGGAAAUUAAAGAGAAGUUAGGAGUAGAUGAUAGCAAGGUUUCUCGUUUCUUUGGCUUAACUUCGAAAGUUUAUUUAACUUAUCAAGUUUUUGAUAGUGCGGAAGAACAGAUUAGAAAAGCCGAACAUAUUCUUUCUUCGGUUUGGCUUCGCGAUUUAAGUCAGGAGAAGUUUAUUGACUUUCUUGGAAAAUUAGAACAAAGGAAAGAAGAGGAGUUAGUGAAAGAAUGA